GGUCGUUGUGAGUCGGCCCCGCCACCUCCCCCCUACUAAAACUGAGUGGAAAUUUCCCACUCAGUUCACUCAGAGCUCCAUCAGCGCAGACUGCCACCGGCGACGAAGAAGAACCUGACGGCUCGGACCUUAAAAUAAAAAGAAGACAAUCUUUUUUUGGACGAGUUCAUUCGACUGAAGGACACUUGCAUCCAGCUUUGUUUCUACAUCUUCUCUUCUCUCGCCACUAAUUUCAAGGUCAUCAUGUCUCAACAGCCAAUCAGCCUCCCGGCAAAGCUCAUCAACGGAGGCAUCGCUGGCAUCGUCGGGGUCACUUGUGUCUUCCCCAUUGACCUGGUAAAGACCAGGCUGCAGAAUCAGAGACAAGGGCAGCAGGUCUACAAGAGCAUGAUGGACUGCCUUGUCAAGACAGUCCGAUCAGAAGGCUACUUUGGCAUGUACAGAGGCGCAGCCGUAAAUCUCACACUGGUUACUCCGGAGAAGGCGAUCAAGCUCGCCGCCAAUGACUUUUUUCGCCAGCACCUCGGCAAGGACGGAAAGGGGCUGACGGUGUUCAAAGAGAUGCUGGCAGGUUGUGGUGCAGGCAUGUGUCAGGUCAUCGUCACCACGCCCAUGGAAAUGCUCAAGAUACAGCUACAGGACGCAGGCAGACUCGUGGCGCAGCAGCAAAAGCCCGUCAUGAUGUCCCCGACAAAGCUCGUGGCCACCAACACGAUGCUCAGCCGCUCCUACAACUCCUGUACGGUGGCCUCGUCGCCGCGAGCCAUGUCGGCCACGCAGAUCGCGAUGGAGCUGCUCCGAACGCAGGGCGUCCAGGGACUCUACAAGGGUCUGGGGGCAACGCUGAUCAGGGACGUUCCCUUCUCCAUGGUUUACUUCCCGUUGUUUGCCAACCUCAAUCGCCUGGGGAAACCUGCUCCUGAGGAGUCGUCGCCCUUCUACUGGGCCUUCCUGUCGGGCUGCGCGGCGGGAUCUACUGCCGCUGUGGCCGUUAACCCCUGCGAUGUGGUGAAGACGAGACUCCAGUCGCUGAACAAAGGCUCCAGUGAGGAGACGUACAGCGGCGUUGUGGAUUGCAUAAGUAAAAUCAUGCGGAAGGAGGGACCGUCUGCAUUCCUGAAGGGUGCCGGCUGCCGGGCCCUGGUCAUCGCUCCCCUCUUCGGCAUCGCGCAGGUCAUGUACUUUGUCGGCGUCGGAGAAUACAUCGUGGACAACUCGCCCCUGAGCGUCCUGUCGGCGUGAAACCAUUUCUUUUUCUGCAACGCGUAGGACCUUCUGGGCAUGAAUGAUGUAAUGCCUGGCAGCUACAUACAACCAGUUUUUAACCACCAAAAACAAGUUUACACAGGGCUUGUUUGACGAGGUCCAAAAAAAAAAAAAAAAAGGCAUCUGGGUGUAAAAGGCCUACAUUUCAUCCUCAGUAUGCCGUGAUAGCUGUGUUGCACUUUUGUACGACUUAUUCAGCCGGCCGAGGCCAGCCAGCGUUAGCUCGGAGCCGUUAGCCUCGCUGCGUCGAGGGACUCGGGAGUUGCAGUGUUAUUCUUUCUUUGUCCGGAGACUGUCCCAUUCUGUUUCCCUCUGUGAGGGAGGGGAGCUCGCUCCGUCAAAGAGACUGACAUGUUUUCUUUCGCCAACGUUUAUCACUUUUCUUAUAUUAUUAUUUUUGUACGCGAGCCUUUUUAUUAUUAUAUUUUUUUUUUUGUGAAUCAUCGAUGGCAACACUUUGCAGUAUUUUCCGUCUGUACGUUUUUCUUCCUGUCCCGCUGCUGUCUUGUGUUUCAGAGCCUUCGAGUGGGAACACAAAGGGGCACAAGUUCCGUUUCUUUCAAAGGGAUCUUUUUUUUUUUUCCUAACUUAAAUCCACAGCAAUUACUUGGUGUACAUUUUAAAAUCGGACUGAUCAUGAACCUUCCACUUGACAUGGGACCAUGUGUCCUGUUGUAUACUUAACGUCAGCCCUAAUGUUGUUUCAUAGUUUGUGAACUCGUCUUUUGUUUUUUUUAAAUAUCUGCAAAAACUUGAUACAUCUGUGCACAUUAUAUCGUACAAGUAUGUGUUUGUGCGCAUUCCCCGAGUUUAGAGACGUAUGCAAACCUACCAUCUCAACCAGUACCUAGUUUUUGGUUUAUGCCUUAAAACUGUGCAGAGUGGCGGGUCUCCCAAAAAGAAGCAUUAUUCUUGUUACUGUGAUCGUGUGACAAAUGACUGUUACUGUACUUUGUUUGUUUGCUAUUUGUACAUAUUGUGUUUGUGUGUGUGUAUAUAUAUAUAUAUAUAAACAUUAAAAUUUGAAAUGCA